UUCCACCCUACAGGCUAACAUUAAACUCCCAAUCAACCGAAUUAAUGGAAUUGGUGAAUGUCUGGUAAUGGAUGGAUACCCUCAAUAUCCAAUUUGUGUCCUCGACCGAUUCGGCCGAGUUUUCCCUCUUGCAGUCGGCAUUGAAUCGUUCGUCAGUGGUCGCCCUUGACGCAGAAUGGAAGCCCAAUCGCUCGCAGCAAUCAUCUUACCCCUUCGUUUCUCUCCUUCAAAUCGCUUGCCGGAUUGAUUGUACACCCAGCGACGGCGACGGCGAUGGUGAUGGUGAUGGUGAUGGUGAUGGCGAAGAGGAGGUGGAGGACAAGGAUUCGUUGGUGUUUCUACUCGACCUCUUGUCGCUUCCUCUGGUUUCGAUUUGGGAGAUCUUGAGGGACAUGUUGGUUUCACCUGACAUUCUGAAACUAGGAUUUAGGUUUAAACAGGAUUUGAUCUACUUGUCUUCAACCUUCCGUUCUCAAGAUUGUGCUCCCGGCUUCGAUAGAAUUGAACCUUUUCUGGAUAUUACGAGCAUUUAUGAUCAUCUUCAGCGCAAACCGGGAAGAAAACCUUCCAAGGAGACAAAAAGCUUGUCAACCAUAUGCGAAGAAGUUCUUGGAAUUUCUCUUUCGAAGGAACUCCAAUGUAGUGACUGGUCACACCGUCCUCUUACAGCAGAGCAGAACAUAUAUGCAGCUGCAGAUGCACACUGCUUAUUGAAAAUAUUUUCAGUCUUUCAAGGGAAGAUUGACAGAGAAGGCAAUUCCUUGCACAAUAGUACUCCACUGCACUCCGCAGAUGCGAUUCUUGGACUCAAACAAAUUUUUGAGAAGCCUGAUGUUUGUGUCAGUAUUUUCAGGCUAAAAUUUGGUGAAGCUUCAGAUAUGGUCAGAGCAACCAUGAAUUUUGAAAUUUAUCAGAGAAAUUAUUCCAUGGUGGGAUCCAUUUCCAAGGUUUCACAUAGGAAGACCAUUCCUUUGGAUGAAUCUCUGUCAAAGAUAGUGCAAAAAUAUGGGGAAAAAAUCUUGUUGAAGGAUUCUGACAGAAAACCAAGUAAAUUAAAAAAGAAAGGGAAAAAACAAUCUUCAGUUGGUUUGUCUAGCAGGGAAAGAAGGGUUGAGAAUAGCGGUGACUGGCAGGGGCCACCGCCCUGGGAUUUAUCCAUGGGUGGUGAUGGAUGCCCCAAAUUUUUAUGUGAUGUGAUGGUGGAAGGCUUGGCUAAGCACUUGCGUUGUGUGGGGAUUGAUGCUGCAGUUCCAUGUUUAAAAAAGCCUGAACCUAGGCAGUUGAUAGAUCAAGCACAAAAAGAAAAGAGGGUGCUCUUAACCCGAGAUGCCAAGCUGUUGAGGCAUGACUAUCUGAUAAGGAAUCAAGUUUACAGGGUGAAGACUCUGCUGAAGAAUGACCAGCUCGUUGAGGUGAUUGAGACUUUCCAGUUGAAGAUUUCAGAGGAUCAGUUAAUGUCAAGGUGCACCAAAUGCAACGGAAGGUUUAUUCAAAAACCACUAACAACUGAAGAAGCAAUUGCAGCUGCAAAGGGAUUCCAAGUAAUCCCAAACUGUCUGUUUAAAAAGAAUUUAGAGUUUUGGCAGUGCACAGAUUGCAACCAACUGUAUUGGGAGGGAACACAAUAUCAAAAUGCUGUUCAGAAGUUCAUCGACGUUUGCAAGUUGAAUGAAUAAUCGGAGAAAAAUAGAGGGAUCGUGUGGGGAAAGGAAUGUUGCUUCAGGAAACAGAAAUUCAUUCAUAUUGAAAAUGAAGUUGGUUCUCCUUGGAUAUCAAAGCCAUGUAAUCCCUGAAAAAGCCACUUUUCCGGUGAUGCCCAUUAGUUGGAUGGGACCAUAUGUCACCACUGCUUGAUUCCGACUACCGACCAGCCAGCCCAGGUCAAUAUAUCUGCACUUUUGAUCUUUAAAACACACCACACCCACACACUUUAGCCUUAAAUGGACGGUGGACAAUCCAUAGUGAGUAUUCCAUGUUUAUUUGUGUUUUGAUAGCUGACAAUGUAAGAAUUAGUGAGAGAAAGGGAUGGGAUUUGUUGGGUGCGUUUCUUUCUUUGGGAGGAAGGGGGAGGGGAACCUAGCCGAGCCCACUUGUCUCUGUUCUUAUGUUUUGGAUUCCCUGUCAUUCACUCUUAACAAUUUGAGGGAAUUUUUUCAACUGUCCA